GAGAGAAGCAGGGCUGUUGGCUCCGCGCUGACCAGCCUAACCCCUGCCUCCCACCUGGAGGCUGUCAUCACUGUGUUUCCACUGUCCCCCGUUGGGCUUGUCUCCGCACUGUGACCCAGAUCUGGGAGUCUGAUGCGGGACUCGAUCCCAGGACCCCAGGAUCAUGACCUGAACCGAAGGCAGAUGCUUAAAGAAUUGAGCCCCCCAGGUUCCCUGGAGUCUCCAGUCCUCCAGACCCGUGGCACGGGGGCAGCUGUAGGAAUCCCACCAGCUCCCUCCACCGAACAGUGCCCCCCGGGACCUCUCACCUCCACGGCCCUCCCUGCUCUCUCUCCGUCAUCUCCCAGCCCAUUUUCCUAAGGUGAGGUGGAGGGUUCCCAACGCACUUGAGACAGGAGGAACUUCCCAACGGACGAGGCAGGAAGGAAGGCGGGGGCGGGCGGGGGCGUCCGCUUCAGGGGAGGAAAGAACCAGGAGAACUUCCAGGCUGUCAGCCGGCGGAGGGAGGCGCGGGAAACCUACUCCCGCAGACUCCGAGUGCGCGCGGACCCGCUUGCCCUCGGCCGCCUUAAUUUCCAGGGAUGCUUUCCGCUCGGGCCAGACUGGGGACCCCCAGAAGCACCUUCCCCAGGAGCUGUCACUUUGUCCGUUGACGCCCUGGGAAAGGGAAAGCAGGAGACCCAUAUGACCUCUGCGGUGGGGGGACCAGACUGUCUCGCCAGCUGAGGCGUCUGGGAUCCCGAGCAGACCUGACCCCUCCCCGAUGCCGCUCUCAGGAGGGUCCCUGCUUGCAGCAGGGUCCAUGGACCCCGGGAGCAUGUUAGAAAUCCAGACUCGCAGGCACCAUCCAGUCCCACAGCAUCAGAAUCUGCAUUGUGGAGAGAUUCCCAGGGGAUCCUUAACGUUUGAGACUCGGCAAGCAAGCAGGUGCUGUGCCUUAGGGACAGUGGCUAGGCGCCGUGCGUCAGGAGGCUCUCCCUUGGUGAGCCAUCUGGGAAGUGAGGCGGCCACUCCAGACAAGCCUCCACACGCCCUCCAGACCUUCCAGCCUCCUAAGUUCCAGCUGAGAGCAGCCCUCCCUCUGCCCAACUUCCCCCAACCUGCAAAUCCAGAGUCAGGUCACCCAAGCUGGUCCCCAGUGCACACACGAUCCUGCCCGUGCAGGGACCGUCUGCUCCAGGAGCGGGCCCACACCCCACAUCCCCCCAACACUCUGCCCUCAGUGACAGUGGGACCGGGCCCGGAGUGCCAGCCUUGACCCCAUCUGGAAGGCUCUAGGACAUGAACACUUCCUCCCACCGCCCUGGCCUGCAUCAGGCAAGAUCCAGCUGUGGGGGCCCACUCCCCAGCCUCCCCCCAUCUCACCGCUGUGCCUCCCGCCAGUCUGGGGACAGACAAGAUCCCAGUAUCCAAGGGCCCGGGGUUCAGUAAUUCAGUGGACACUGACUGAGCACUUGCGGGUCGGAGGCCGGUGCCGGGCAGGCCCCUGGGGAGCCGGCCGGCUGUGAACCAGACGGCGAGGAUUCCUGACGCCUUCGAGCUCCCACUCUGAGGGGAAGACAGAUACGGAACACCGUGGAUAACUUCUUCUUUGCCCCCCGUGGAUGCCCUUGCCGGCCACUUCUGGAAAAGCCCCAGCCCGCCAGGCCUGGGCCCGCACGGCAGACCCCCGCUGAGAAAAGCACAAUCCCAGGUCUCCCCCGACUCACGACCACCUUCCCGGGCCACAGAGCUACAGGUUUGCGCAUCUCCUCAAGGCUGACCAGGACCCACCGAUUAAUUACAUUUUCUCCUGUCUUCUCUUGGGGAAACCUCCGAUCCCCACCGCCUCCCACCAGGCCCAGACGCGGCCCUCGCCGCCCCCCCAGGACCAUGCAGUGCAGCUGCACCGUCGAGGGCGCCCCUGCCGGCCCGGGCAGCCCCUGGAUCUCAGGCGUGGCCUUCCCGGACUGGGCCUGCAAGGCCGAGUCGUCCCCGGGCUCCCGGCAGAUCCAGCUGUGGCACUUCAUCCUGGAGCUGCUGCAGAAGGAGGAGUUCCGCCAUGUCAUCGCCUGGCAGCAGGGAGAGUACGGGGAGUUCGUCAUCAAGGACCCCGACGAGGUGGCCCGCCUCUGGGGCCGCAGGAAGUGCAAGCCCCAGAUGAACUACGACAAGCUGAGCCGGGCCCUCCGAUACUACUACAAUAAGAGGAUCCUGCACAAGACCAAAGGCAAACGGUUCACAUACAAGUUCAACUUCAGCAGGCUGAUCGUGGUCAGCUGCCCUCUGUGGGAGCUGUGGGCUCCGCCUGCCCCCCAAGUGCUGCUGGGGGCCCCCACUCUCAUCCGGCCAGCCCUGCUGCCCACGGGCCUGCCCAGCGAGCUCCUGCAUAGCCUGCUGCUUGCCCAGCGGGCCACGGCUGAGCAGCUGGCUGGACACCAGACCCCCCACGGGCUGCCAGAGGCCACUGAGGACAAGAAGGGGAGCAGCAGCGGCGCCCCCCGCCUUGGCUCUCUCCCGGGCCCCUGCCCGCUCGGCCCUUGCUGCCUCCUGGGGAGCCUCCAAGACCAGCCACCCAGUCUGGCAUCCUUCGCCCCUCCCCCCCCACCCUCCCUCCCUGCCGACUGGACCCACCUCUCAGGGCCCUUCCUGCCUCCUGUCCCCCCGGAGCAGCCGUUCCCAGGGGCCUCCAAGCCAGACACCCUGCUCCCAGGGCCCAGGGGCCCCACAGGGACCCGCCCGUUUCUGGGACUCCCCCUGUUGGCUGGGCUGGGACAGGGGGGUGGGGAGAGGCUCCGGCUCUUGCCGCUGAGGCCCCAGGGCCUGGAGGUGAAGCCCUACCCCAUGAUGGGUGCAAAGAGGCGCCCGGAUCCCAGGGAGGGCUUCUCCUCAGACAUUCACAGACCCCAAACUGGGGACAAAAGCCUCGUGUCCCCCCGGCUGGAGAACUUCAAGGCAGUGUGGCCCUUGGACCCUCCUUAGGUGGGGAAGAGAGAGGGGGUGGGGUCCCCCAAACUCCAUCCCUGUCGUCUGCUUCCUUUCUGGCUUUGCCUGGCCCAGCUUUGAAGGGGUGGAGCUGGACAAAAGGUGGUGCGGAGCAUUGCAGGGGUGAGGAAGACGGAGGCAAGGCCCCCCUUUCCC